AUGUCAGGAAUCUGGAGCUGGUUCGGUGGUGGUUCGCAGAAGCGGAAAGACACCCCGAAGAAUGUCAUCCUCGAUCUGCGGACGCAACUCGACAUGCUACAGAAGCGCGAGCAGCACCUUAUGCGUCAGAUCGAGGAGCAGGAGCAGAUCGCGAGGAAAAAUGUGAACACCAACAAGGCCGCUGCGAAAGCCGCGCUUCGACGAAAGAAGAUCCAUGAACAUAACCUCGAGCAAACGCUAAACCACAUCGCGACUAUUGAGCAGCAGAUGAAUGCAAUCGAGACAGCCAACAUCAACCAGGAGACUUUCCUGGCCAUGCAGCGCGCCAGCGAAGCCAUGAAGUCAAUACACGGCAAGCUCACGCCGGAAAAGGUCGAAGUGACCAUGGACAUACUGCAAGAGCACAACCGUUUCAACGAGGAGAUCUCGCAGGCGAUGAGCAGUAUUGCCAUUGGCCCGCAGGUGGACGAGGGAGAGCUAGAAGAGGAGCUCGAGGCCCUGCAGCAGCAGGAUUUGGAGGAGAAGAUGCUCAAGACGGGCACCGUACCGGCUCAGAAGCUGCCCGAAGUGGCGAACGGAGAACUCAAAGGCAAGGCUCCGGCCGUCGAGGAAGACGACGAAGAAGCCGAGCUCAGGAAACUGCAGGCCGAAAUGGCGAUUUGA